CGUAGACUCUUUCCGCGUGAAUUUGAACUGCGGAGGGCGAUGACUCCUAUGGGACAUGUCGGAUGCCGCCUGCCUGGCCCUGCGGCUGCUAACAGCGCUACGCGAGGAGGAGGCGCGGGCUGUGGAGGAACUGCUGCGCCUCGGGGCGGACCCCAACCUGGUGCUGGACGAUGGCGCGGCGGCGGUGCACCUGGCGGCCAGAGCGAGCCACCCGCGCGCCCUGCAUUGCCUUCGGAUGCUGCUGCGCUGGGGCGCGGACCCCAAUGCUCGGUCCGCGGAGGGGCUGACGCCCGUUCACGUGGCUGCCGCGUGGGGCUGUCGCGGUGCUCUGGAGCUGCUGCUGAGCCGAGGGGGUGAUCCCACACUGCGGGACCAGGACGGACUCAGGCCCUUGGACUGGGCACUACAGCAGCGCCACCACCACUGCGCACGCGUGCUGCGGGAGCUGGACACGGCCACCCGAAAGCCAGAUGAGACCGCAGAGCCCACAGAGAGGUUUCAUGUAGCCCAGGGUAGCCUUGAAACUGACAGAUGCCAAGGACCUGUCUUAGCGGGGUCUUCGGGAGUCUCUCAGAACUCGGAGUUGCACAUGCGCAGAGCUGAGCUGGAGGUGGAGGCUGUGAAGGUGGCUGUGCAGCCCAAGGGCCCUGAGGCCACCGAGAGCUCAGACAACAGCAGCGAUGAUGCUUCGUUUGUCACCGCAGUGGAGGACUCUCUGCAGCCCAGCUGCUCUGGGGGGACCCCGGAGCUCAUGACCGGCCUGUGGGUAACCCGUGGGGCGGUGCCAGCUGGGAAGGGGGCACUCAACUGCCAGCCGCAGGCCCUGACGCUGACGGCAAGGGCCACGGACAAACCCUUACUGCCUGGUGAUGGGAAUCUGGGAGCUUUGCCCCGCCACGGCUCGGUCCCCCCCAUGUCCGACCUGCAGCUCCUCCAGGCCCUGCGGGAGUUGGGCUAUAGCCCUGGACCUGUCACACCUUUCACCCGAGGACACUACCUACGGUGGCUGCAGGAAGCCCAGGCUAACCCUGCUGAUGUAGGGCAUAGCCCAGAACUGGCGGAGGCGCUGAGGACAGGCAGCAUCCCUGACUGCCGGGUGGAUGAGGCAGCCCUGGCCCGGCACUUUCACCAGCUGGAUCCGUCGAGGAAGUGGCGGGAAGGCGUCACAAAGUCCAGUUUUACUUACCUACUUCUCGACCCCAGGCUGACGAAGGACCUGCCUGCCCGAGCCUCUUCCCUCACGCUGGCUGAAUGUCUGCAGUGUUUCGUGGAAGCCAUCUUCUAUGUGGGCAAGGGGACCCGUGCCCGGCCAGAUGCCCACCUCUGGGAAGCCCUUGGCUACCACGACCAGCCAAGGAAACAGGUCUGUCCCAAGGUCCGCCGGAUCUUAGACAUCUGGGACAGCGGCCGGGGCAUCAUCUCUCUACACUGCUUCCAGCAUGUGGUGGCCAUGGAAGCGUACACGCGGGAAGCCUGUCUGUUGGACGCCCUAGAAGAGGGCACCAGAUCCCAUUACAGAUGUGGUUGCUGGGAAUUGAACUCAGGACUUGUGGAAGAGGUCAAGAGCCAGUCUCUUCUGAGCCAUCUCUCCAGCCCCAGAUGUUUUUUCUCCUGGGUUGCAGAGUUUGCUGUGCAACUGGAGAGGUUGGGGACAAAGUGGAAGCACUUGGGAAGAAGGGGGCACUGCUGAAGAGAGAGCAAAAAGGGUCAGUCCUGGUGACUGAGCAAGAGAGCGGGAGUUUCCUGCAGGAGGAAAAAGAGAAAGAAAGAAACUCUUCGAGCUCACAGAGUGGGAGGACAGUCUGAUGAAAUCAGAGUCAACACUAUCCACUUUCCCAGUAGUCAUAUAGCAUAUGCCUGCUAAUGGUGUGGAACGAGGUUAUGAGAUAGGAUGGUCCUAUAGAAAUGACAGAUCUGAGGUGGUUUUAAAGAGGCCAGGGUUUCAUAUGGAAUGCACUUGCCUUAUGUGAAACAAAUUCUAAAUGACUGAGCUACUCAAAAUAGCAUUAUUCCCCAAGACUGGAAGGGCUUGGUAACAGCCAUACUAGAGACCAAUCCACAGGUGCAAAAUGUGGAUUUAUAUAGGAUAUAAAUAUGCAUAUAUCCUAUAAGGAUGUGCUAAUAUCAAUUGGAAUCCUGCAAAAGUUUUGUGUUGGAGAUGCAGAUUUGUUUAAAUCCCCACAGGAAGUGAAACAUUGUGGAUGCCAUCAGAACUGAUAAAGACGAGAACUGAGCAAGAAAUGCCUCCUGAAACCUCGGCCACUCACCUGAAAAGUGCUUUAUUCACGGAAAAUGUCUCCGUUUACAAUUUCUCACUAUAUGUAGCAUGAUUAAUGGUUUAAAACAGAAGGAGAAAAUGUAGUGUCAAUUUGGGGAUUUUCGGUUUGUUUGUUUGGUUUGGUUUUUUGAGACAGGGUUUCUCUGUGUAGCCCUGACUGUCCUGGAACUCACUCUGUAGACCAGGCUGGCCUUGAACUCAGGAAUCCACCUGUUGUUUCUUUUUCUUCUUCCUUUAUGUGCUGGGAUUAAAGGCGUGCGCCACCACUGCCCGGAAUUUUGGUUUCUUUGAAAACACUCAUUCCCAAUACCUGUACCUAUACCAGAACCUUCCCAACGCCUGAGCAUGUAUUCAGUGCUGGCACGCACGCACCUCUGUAGAACCCAAGCUUUCUCCCCAGCCCCAGGGUCUCAGUAACAACUCUGACAUCAUUAUACCUUGUUCUCUUUGAGAGCUGUUUCCUCCCGCCUCCUUCUCUCCUAGAAUCUUUACUGCUUAUCAGAAGAUAUUCUGUCUUCUAGUUCCUGCCUCAGCAGCAUGCCAGUAAGUUGGAAUUGAAAGGUCUUACAUCCAUACAGUGCAUGCUGUGUGAAAUAUUUAAUCUCAAUUUGGGUUUCUAACCCCACCUUUGACCAUUUAGUUCUCGUAUAAAACACACACACAAGCUUUGUAUUUAUAAUAAACUUUAACCAGCACAAGAGCUGGGUGGGCGUCUGUCCUCUGUGCUAUUGUGUGUCCUCUGUGCUACUGUGUCUGUUUCCCAGCCAAUCUCAUUAAAUGAUUUGUCAUGUUUCAUCUGGGCUGCUCUCAACUCCAGUGAGCCAACCCACAGGGCCAUUAUUUAAGAUUCUUACCCCAUCGGCCAGGCAGGGUGGCGCACGCCUUUAAUCCUAGCACUUGAGAGGCAGAGGGAGGUGGAUUUCUGAGUUGGAGGCUACACAGAGAAACCCUGUCUUGGGGAGGAGGGGGGAACAAAAAACAAAAACCAAGAUUCUUCCCCCAUGGUGGCCUCUCCUCUCUUCACCUUUUUCCCCUCCUGUGGUUCUUCAAUCCCAAGUCCAGGAACCCUAACCCUGCUUGUCUCUCUCUUGCCCAGCUGUCAGUAUUGUUUAUUCACCAGUCAGAGAUAACUUGGGGGGCAAAGUCACAUAGCAUCACCUGGGUUUAUGUGCAGACUCUGGGAUCAACCAGUACUUAGCAUAACAAAAGACCAAACCUCAACAAUACACAGGAGAUUUCUCUACAAUUCCUCCUCUCGAUCCAGUAAAAGUCUCUCUUUUACUGCAAUAAUUACACUAUAUGCAAUUAAACUAUAUGCAAUAAUUACAAUUAUGAAAGAAUUACAAAAAAUUUCAGUUAGGAAUUAUGUUCAUAAAGUCCAGUGCAUAUGUAUUUAGCAGUUAUGGACAAGUAUUCCCUUAUCU